AUUCUGAGCAUGCGCCAGUUUUGAUACGUAAUUUCCGCUCGCGUCCUUCUUCCUUUUUGGCCAGGCAAGGCUCACAAGCUGCCUGGUUAGUUUGUCUGAUGCGUGGAAAGUUAUAAAAAGAACGCGAAAUGUCGUUAUCAACGGCGCGGCCGCUUGUUACGGUAUACACCGAUAAAAAUGAAUUGUCAGGCGAUACGAUUUCCCUGCCGGCUGUGUUUAAAGCACCUAUUCGGCCUGAUAUCGUGAAUUUUGUUCACCAGCAAGUCUCUAAGAAUAGUAGACAGCCAUACUGUGUAUCAAAGGAAGCUGGUCAUCAAACCUCUGCUGAGUCAUGGGGUACUGGACGUGCUGUAGCACGUAUACCUCGUGUACGUGGUGGUGGUACUCACCGCUCUGGCCAGGGUGCUUUUGGUAACAUGUGUAGAGGUGGACGCAUGUUUGCUCCAACAAAGCCAUGGAGACGCUGGCAUCGUCGAAUUAAUGUUAACCAGAAAAGAUACGCUCUUGUUUCUGCUAUUGCUGCAUCUGGUGUCCCAGCCCUUGUACAAUCUAAGGGUCAUAUGAUUCAAGAAGUUCCAGAAUUUCCAUUAGUAGUAUCCAACAAAAUUCAGGAAUAUAACAAGACUAAACAAGCUGUUAUCUUCCUGAGACGUAUCAAGGCAUGGAAUGAUAUUCAAAAAGUUUACAAGUCUCAACGUUUCCGUGCUGGCAAAGGUAAAAUGCGUAACCGCAGACGCAUUCAACGACGUGGACCUCUGAUUGUAUAUGGUCAAGAUCAGGGUAUUCGUAAGGCAUUCCGUAACAUUCCUGGUGUUGAUCUUAUGAAUAUUAACAAAAUGAACUUGCUUAAAUUGGCACCUGGUGGCCACGUUGGACGUUUUGUAAUCUGGACAAAAUCUGCCUUUGAGAAGUUAGAUGCUCUUUACGGAACUUGGCGCAAAGAAUCCCAACUUAAGGCCGAUUAUAACUUACCCUAUCCGAAAAUGGCGAACACGGAUUUGUCGAGACUCUUGAAAUCGCAAGAAAUUCGUAAAGUUCUGAGGGCACCAAGGAAGAAGGUGGUCCGUAGUGUCAAGAAAUUGAACCCAUUGACAAACACGCGUGCUAUGUUACGUCUUAAUCCAUAUGCAGCUGUUCUGAAACGUGCAGCAAUUUUGACAGCAAAGAAACGUCAGCAAGAGAGAGAUCUUGCUCUAGCAGAGAAGCGUGGAGUCAAGCUGCCAAAGACUACACCUGCCGUAAAGAGUAAAUUACUCCGGGAGAGACGCGCGAAACAACUUCUCAAGGCGAGGGAAGAGGCAGAUAACAAGCCCUUGCUCGUUGGAUCAUCUCGUGUUGCCGAGUCGAAACCUAGGAAGAUUUCAAAGCGAAUUCAAAGGGCCAUUGCAAAAACUCACCCCGAAAAGAAAGACACACUUUUUAAAGAGAAAUAAAUUUUUAUCAACGUUUGUUGUUGACCCAUGAACUUCAUUUGCUUUGAAUAAAAUAUGGGAAAACAGCUACAGGAA